AUGGCUGCUACUACAUCUUCCUCUGCCUUUCACCUUCCAGCUCAAGUUAUUUUCACCAAACUUGAUGGAAAUAACUUUCUUGCCUGGAGUGCUCAAUUAAUUCCUCUGUUCCAAAGCUAUGGUCUCAUGGGAAUUGUUGAUAGUUCCGAACCUAGUCCUCCUCAAUUUUCCAGUGAUGAACAAAAGGCCCAAGGUCUUCUUAAUUCUGCUUAUGUGGUUUGGCAGUAUAAGGACCAAACGGGUCCUGCUCCUUCCUCACCUAUUGUUUCUCAUGAUUCUACCUCACCGAAACGUGUUCUUCAUUCCUCUACACCCCUUUUCACUUCUGGCCAUCUUGACAUUCCUCUAGCCUCUCUUGUUUCCACUACGUCUACUAGCCAGCUUCCUUCUUCCCAAGACAGUGAACCUCCUGACCACCAAGACAGAGCACUCAUUGAACAUCACAAGGCUAUAUUAGUUGCUGUUGUCUAUUUACAGAGAAGUGGUAUUGAUUUUCAUGACACGUUCAGCCCCGUCAUCAAACCUUCUACCGUGCAUAUGGUUCUUGCACUUGCCGUUUCUUUCAACUGGGAUAUUAGGCAACUUGAUGUCUCUAAUGCCUUUCUCCAUGGCAUUUUAGAAGAAGAGGUAUAUAUGACACAACCAAAAGGCUUUGAGGAUCCUGUGCACCCCGAGUUUGUGUGUAAGUUUCAUAAAUCUCUCUAUGGUUUGAAGCAAGCUCCUGAACCCCAAGAAUCCAUGCUCUUUGCUCUUGUACAUACUAUUGAUAAAAGAUUCCCCUCCCAACUAGGGACAGUCGGGAUGCAGAACGUUUGA